CAGAAACAACAAUAAAUAAAAAGAUUUAUUCAAAAUGGCCUCCAUCUGCUUCUACACAUGCCUUCAACAAAAUUUGUUGAGAAAAAGUGUUUAAAACAAGGUAGAUGUAGGUGUUCCGUUUAUUUAGUGGCAGGGUGUAGUCAUCCAAUAUCUCAGAUUCAAAAAAUAAAACAAUAAUUACAAAUUCAUAAAAAUAUUUAUGAAUACCAAGAAUCAGUUAUUUAUAUACCUGUAAACGGACAAGGUGUCAUUAUUUCCUGAUGUAACAUUUGAUGAAUAAUGAACAGGAUACUUAGGAAGUAAUAAUACAUAAACAAACUUUGCCUUUUCCAUCGGCAUCGUAUUCUAUACUAAACAUUUAUAAUUUUUUUGUUUCCUUUAUAGACAAACAAUCUGUACAAUACUCAAUAACUCAAGGUUUUCUUUUUUCACUUGAGAUUUUAUUAUUUUAAAUCGAUUGUAAGUACACAAAGAGAAAAAAAAAUCAUAAGUUGAAAUUAGAAAACAUGAUGUGAUUGAAAAUAGCGAAAUUUGUUUAUGAAAUUUUACUUUUUGAGUUUAUUAUUUUUCACAGAAAGUUUUUUCUUCCAACGCGAUGACGUUUUUCCUGUUUCACCUUACAACAUUAUAAACUCAAUAACUUUCGAAAACACAUACAGUUGAUGAAAACAAUUUUCAUUUCCAUGGAGUUUUACAACAAGAUAUUUCUUGUCAUUAUAUGCGAGUUAUGGCAGUUCUCAAUUGGUAAGGUAAGACAUUCUGAUAAUAGAAUAGCUGUUUUUAAAACCAAGUUUGUUCUCUCAAUAAUAGAAUUCCGGCUAAACGUUUAACUCAGGAAUCUAUCGUAAACAACGAUACAAAUCAGACUGGUUCGGUAUCAAGACGUUUUGGAAAAUAUUUAUCAGUUACUUCAAGAUUAGCGUAUGAAAAUUUAACCGAUGUAUACGAUUAUUAUUGGGUUGGCUACAUAGCUAUUGGCACGCCACUACAGACGUUUAUUAUCGAUUUCGAUACGGGCUCGUCCGAUUUAUGGGUACCAUCAAGUAGUUGUAGUUCAUCAUGCGGUAUGGCCUAUCCCUCAGUGGCCACGGGUGGAGAACAACCUCUGUUUUACAACAUGUGGACUCAAAGUUUAAUCUCACAGGCAAUAUUCUCAUUCUAUUUCAAUCCAUUAACAUCAGCUUCGUUUGGCGGGGAACUUAUUCUGGGCGGUGUAGAUUCAACAAAAUACCAAGGAUCAAUUACUUAUGUGUCUGUAAAUUUACAAGGCUUUUGGGAAUUCACUACGACAAGUGUUACAGUUAAUGGUCAAACCGUAUCGUCUGGACGUUCAGCCAUUGCUGAUACGGGAACGUCAUUGAUCAUAGGACCGGUGGCAGACGUUUCAGCGUUAAAUAGUGCAAUUGGAGGAACAUAUGUGGGAGGUGGCUAUGUGAGUACCAAGAACAUUUAA